UCUCCCACCCGCGUGUGUUUGUGUGCAGAAAUCAGCGGUAUGUUGUCCAGCGUAGUGGAGGACAUCAGUGAAGCUGUCAACAGGAACAUCAGUGGUGCUCAGCUUCUGCAUGAACUCCUGAGUGCACCAUGGCUACGCUCCUUGUUAAGGAUUUAUGAGUGCCUGAUGGAGUUUCAGAGAAUAGCACCAAGCCCAUUCCUGCCUUAUGCUUCAGGACUGUCAGAAGAGAUCAUGACUAUAAUACAGAGAGCACAUCGUCCUUCAGCUGAAGCUAAGGAGCUCUACAACCUCCUCAGCUCGCCGCAUGUCCAGGCUUUGCUGUCGUCCCAUGACAGUGUGGCUCAGUCAGACUACCUACCUGUCCUCCCACCGCUACCUGAUGAGCUGCCUGAAGAUGAAGAGGCCAUGAGGAUUGUUUGUCUUGUUAAGAAUAACCAGCCCCUGGGGGCAACUAUAAAAAGGAACGAGGAGUCAGGAGACAUUUAUGUUGCCAGAGUGAUCCACGGAGGGCUGGCAGACCGCAGCGGUCUUCUUUUUCCCGGUGAUGUCUUAGUGGAGGUUAAUGGAAACUCGGUGGCGGGCCUAGAACCAGGAAGGGUCAUCCAGAUACUGACCAGUUCUAAAGGUACCGUCCUGCUUAAAGUCAUUCCUAAUUCUUCUCAAGUCAACAGCCGUCAGAAGCCGGUGUACAUGAGGGCCAUGGUGGACUAUCGCCCCCAGCAGGACUCCUCCAUCCCCUGUCCAGUUGCAGGAAUGUCUUUUAGCAGAGGAGACCUAUUGGAGGUGGUGGACCAGUCCGACGGACAGUGGUGGCAGGCCAGGAAGCUACCCUGUGGUGCAACCUUUGCUGGUUUGAUUCCCUCUGCCAGCAUGCUGAAGAGUAAACAGCGGGAGCAGUGGUUCUGUCAGCCCCUACAGGUUCAUACCUGCAUCAGACCCUUCAUCCCAGCUGAUCACGAGGAAGAUCCCACACACGCUGAUGACAAACGCAUCAUAACAGAUUUGGACAAUAAUCAAGAAAUAAACUUUGAUGAGGAUGACUAUGAUUUUACUGCUGGAGUCUAUUUAGCUGGUUUUCGUCGAAGCUUCCGUCUCUGGAGGAGGACAUGGUACAAGAAGAGGAGGCAGUCCUGCACCUCCUGCUCUCCCAGCAGCAACGUUCUGUCCUCGCCCUAUGAGGAGGUGGCGCUGUACCAGCGCCUCCCACAGGAGAGCUAUCGCCUCAUCGUUCUCAUUGGUGCUUCUGGUGUUGGAGUUAAUGAGCUGAGGAAGAGACUCAUCAAACUGAACCCUUCGACCUUCCAGGGACCCGUACCUUAUACAACCCGUCCAAUGAAAGAGGGAGAGCUGGCAGGAAGGGAGUACCACUUUGUCACCAAAGAGCUGUUUGAGUAUAUGCUGUGUAACAACAAGUUUGUGGAGUACGGGGAGGGUAAGGGCCACAUGUAUGGGAUGAGCAUCGACGCCGUUGACGAGGUGCUAAAAAAGGGACAGAUGUGCAUCAUCGAUGUUGAACCACCAAGUGUUCACUUGUUACGGUGCAGAAACCUGAAGCCAUACGUGAUUUUCAUCAAAGCACCAAACCAGGAGAGGCUGAGACAAACACGGAGAAACGCCAGAAUCAUCACCAACUACGCCAUCAACAGAGCUUUCACAGUGGAAGACUUGUUGGAGCUGGAGGAGACUUCCCAGAUGAUCGAGGCUAAAUACAAACAGUAUUUUGACAGCACCGUGGUGAAUGAUGACUUACAGGACGCCUGCAUGCAGCUCUGCUCUAUCAUCCAGCAAGCGCAGAACGAGCCCCAGUGGAUACCAGUCAGCUGGCUCCGAACUGACGAGUAGAACCACAGCGGACUGACUGGAAGACAUCCAGAUGGUCUUUAGCUACAGAAAAUUUGGAUGAAAAGUUGCAAAAAUGCAGAAACAAAGAAGAGAUUGAAGAUGCAAGAGUGAUCAUAUCUUGAGAUAAAAAUGGAGGAAGGUGUUGAAGAGAAACAGAAACAUCUUUUUUUUUCUCAUCCUAUGACAGGACUUCUGCCAUGUAUGCAGUCUUUAUGUAUCAUUAUUGUUGCUCUGAUGCAGAAUUUUUGUUGCCAAUGUUGAUUUUAUGUAAGAGCAAUUUAAAACAAUAAAAAUGACACCACAGUGCUGUAUA